AUGUCCAGUUUCAGCAUAACGUAAAUCAUAACAAUAUGGACACAAAUGUUUUUUUGUAAAGUAGCAGGCUCAGAGUGUGGGCCUUUGCAACAACACUCCUCUCACUAGAGGGAAAUACCAACCUGGCAUCCGCAUAUGCCCUCUGGCAUCCUCUGUCUGAGUAGAUUGUGUUCCUGAGUAACACAUGUCAGAGUGGACCUAGAGGAAGGGCCAUAGAUAAAUAGAUACAGAACAGGAAGUGUCUCCUGGCAUCCUCUGUCUGCAUGCAGCAAGCAGUGACUCAAUGUGGACACAGUUUCAAUGAGGCUAUUCCAUUCAUUAGGAGCAGCUGACAGCAGGAGCCAGCCUACUUCACCACCCAGCCAAUUAGGAACCUUUGUGAGCAACAAUUGAGACAUCAUCCCCCACAACAGGCUGAUGAUGUCAUGAUGUCAUCUCCCCUGUGCUCAAAUAUAUCAGCAUGAAUCAAUCUCCUCUCGCUGGUCACGGCCAAGGGGGAGCACAAUCUAUCCCUCCCUCUUUCCUCUCUCUCUCUCCUUCUGUCUGUGCACAUCUUUCACAAUCUCUCUUUUUCUCUAUCACUGUAUACAUUUACAUUUUAGUCAUUUAGCAGACACUCUUAUCCAUAACGAUGUACAGCAGUGAGUGCAUUUGUGUAUUUUUGGGGGGUAUUUCACCUCCUCUAUCCUUCUCUCUCUCUCUCUCAAUACACCUCUCCCUCUCCAAACACUCUUCCCCUCACCUCCUCCUUCCCUCUUCUCCUCACCUCCUCCACAGCCACAUGUGCGUUGCAAUCUGCGCCCCAUUCAACUCCUACCCCCACACUAGAGGCCUCCACUGGACCCGUUACGAAAUGGACCUGGGACUUUUCCAUUUCUACAGCACCCUGUAGUGAGAGUGCUGUGGAAAUUGAAGUCGUAUGUGGUAGGGGUUCCCUUCACCCGGAGUGAGCAGACCACAGGGGAGUACCACCAUUGACCUCUGGGUCUAGGGCUCCCUUGUGUGUCUACUUGCUCCUCGGGUUGUCCUUCAUCCCCUCUACAGACUCAGACCCCGACCUAGCACCUGCAGCAGCCCCAGUUCCCAGUUACUGGUUCCAGUCCCGGCCCCAGCAACAGCAUGGCUUCCGGUCCCGGCACCAGCACCAACCCUGGACACAGCACCGACCACCCAGAAACUGUCGGCCCAAGCCCCACCCCUUUCUACUCCCCCUAAUACAAGGAAACAGACCUUCAACCACUCCACUAGACCAACCACUCAAGCAUCAACUCCAAAACUCUAACAGACAAGAUUUACUCCAUGAUCUUUUUCUUCUUUUUUCAUUUCUUUCUCUAUUGAUUACUGAUAAAAAAUGUUCCUUCCUUUUGUUGACUAUUUGAUUUGAUUUGCCUUAUGAUUUGAUCUGCAUAGUUUUGCUUUGAUGACUUAAUGAUUUAAAUAUUUAUUUUUUAUUGAACAUUUUGAAUGUUUAUCUUUUAAACUUGAUUGAAAUUUGAAUCCUGUAAAGAAUUUUAGAAAACCCUGAUAAAAUUACCUUUGAUGGUUGAGUGGCUAGCCAUGUCCUUUGAUCUGUUUUGCCCUGUAGUCACUGUCAGUUAAGAAGCCUUUGUUAAGGCCUAAAGUGCAAGUGAUAUAAAACACCAAAUAUCAGUUGGUAGGCUAUAAUAUUUAAUGAAAUACUCACUUUUAACAAUUGGUGAUUUUAUUUUCAAUACAAAUCACCAAUAAAGUACUGUAUUGCUGUUUUGCUAUAUAUUGUAUUUACUGCAGCAUACUGUAAAUUAUGAUGCAUUGUGGAUAAAUAUUGUGGUUGGAGAAAGAAGCGGUUCUUAAACCUUUUAAUGGUUGAAUAUUGUAGUGAAGAUGGCAUAGCCCUUGAUCCCCAUGCCAUGUUUAGGUUAGCCAGUUGUCUAGUUUUUCCCUCAGUAGUUGAAGGUUUGCUCACAUGCUCAUCGCAUGGACGUGGACAUCUUUCUGUGCCCGAGCAAGAGCACCUAGACAUAGCCUGUGUUAUCACCAUUUGUACAAGAACAUAAAUGGCAGAUGUUUACAUCUCUUGAUCUUUUUGACUCAGAGUGAUGACAUUUGGCACACAUGCUCAGGAAUAUGAGUCUAGCUAACCAGUAAAGUAUGGUUCAGUUUGGCCACACGGUGGCGCUGUUGGACAGGAAAAAACAUUUGUACAAGCUCAUUGGCUCAUAGCAGUCAUAUUGUUGGAACUAGAGUCCUGCAAAAGGUUGCAUAAAAAAAUUUGUACAUAGAUGCUAUGUACCAAAUUUGGUGCUGAUCGGUCCAGCGGUCUUGGAGAAGAAGACGUUUAAAGUAGUCAACAUCAUUGAAAAAGGUCAAAAAAACCUGAAAAACAUAUUAUAUUGCAUGAUCAGUUUGAUUUUGAGUUAUAAUAAUUUAGUCAUUUAGCAGACACUCUUAUCCAGAGCAAUUAGGGUUAAGUGCCUUGCUCAAGGGCACAUCGACAGAUUUUUCACCUAACCUUUCGGUUACUGGCACAACGCUCUUAACCACUAAGCUACAUCGUGUUCUGAUAUUUGGCAAGCGUGGUAAACAGUACAGAAGUAACUCGUCCUAGGGCAAUGUCUCAAGGAAUGUCCCCGGCAAUGCUGCUGAAUGCCAGUAUCUUCAUGUGAAUUCCCAUCAUCAUCAUACCUGUAUCAUCUGAGAAGAUCCCUUAAAUAAACGUCCAUCGUGAGUCAUUCUUGUCGUGGCCAUUAUUUACCCACGCAUCAGUAGCUAGGAAGAGCUAUAUCCAGCAACACAACAAUAUUUACCUAUGUGCAUCUGUUUUGACCUGUAAUCAUGGCCAGUUUGGAUGCCUUUGUUCAGGCCUCUAGACGUGUGAGUGAUAUAAAACACCUAGUAAUCAUUAAUAUGCUGUAAUAUGCAAACGUCUACAGCCAACCUGCUUGCUUUAAUCCCCGGUAAUUACAGUAAAAUACUGUAGAAAUAAUUAUCUUACACUUUAAUGGUCACUUUUACUAUAUUGUACUGUGUUUCAUUGCUUUGGCAUCAAGUUACCGUGAAUAUCUCCAUUUUGUAUUGGCACUAGAGAUAGUCAGAGAUAUAUCAUAAAAUACAGUAUUUUGUUGUAAUUACAAUUAUUUUGAAGACCAAUGUAUCCUUAACUAUAACAACAUUUUAACGGUUACAGAAAAUGUUUACUUGUUAUGACUGUGAUUAUUAUUAUUUCUAAAUCAAACUUGGUUGAACGCAAUGACGCACUGACUGUAAGAGCGCCCGCUAAAUACCAAAAGGUAAUUGUGAAAAUGAAAACUUGCAAAGAACACUGGGUAAUACAGUUGAAGUCGGAAGUUUAAAUACACUUAGGUUGGAGUCAUUAAAACUAGUUUUUAAACCACUCCACAAAUUUCUUGUUAACAAACUAUAGGUUUGGCAAGUCGGUUAGGACAUCUACUUUGUGCAUGACACAAGUAAUUUUUCCAACAAUUGUUUACAGACAGAUUAUUUCACUUAUAAUUCACUGUAUCACAAUUCCAGUUGGUCAGAAGUUUACAUACACAGAGUUGACUGUGCUUUAAACAGCUUGGAAAACUCCAGAAAAUGAUGUCAUGGCUUUAGAUGCUUCUGAUAGGCUAAUUUACAUCAUUUGAGUCAAUUGGAGGUGUACCUGUGGAUGUAUUUCAAGGCCUACCUUCAAACUCAGUGCUGCUUGACAUCAUGGGAAAAUCUAAAGAAAUCAGCCAAGACCUCAGAAAAAAAAUUUGUAGACCUCCACAAGUCUGGUUCAUCCUUGGGAGCAAUUUCCAAACGCCUGAAGGUACCACGUUCAUCUGUACAAACAAUAGUACGCAAGUAUAAACACCAUGGGACCACGCAGCCGUCAUACCGCUCAGGAAGGAGACGCAUUCUGUCUCCUAGAGAUGAACAUACUUUGGUGCGAAAAGUGCAAAUCAAUCCCAGAACAACAGCAAAUGACCUUGUGACGAUGCCGGAUGAAACAGGUACAAAAGUAUCUAUAUCCACAGUAAAUGAGUCCUAUAUCGACAUAACCUGAAAGGCCGCUCAACAAGGAAGAAGCCACUGCUCCAAAACCGCCAUAAAAAAAGCCAGACUACAGUUUGCAACUGCACAUGGGGACAAAGAUUGUACUUUUUGGAGAAAUGUCCUCUGGUUUGAUGAAACAAAAAUAGAACUGUUUGGCCAUAAUGACCAUCGUUAUGUUUGGAGGAAAAAGGUGGAUGCUUGCAAGCCGAAGAACACCAUCCCAACCGUGAAGCACGGGGGUGGCAGCAUCAUGCUGUGGGGGUGCUUUGCUGCAGGAGGGACUAGUGCACUUCACAAAAUAGAUGGCAUCAUGAGGAAGGAAAUGUAUGUGGAUAAAUUUAAGCAUCAUCUCAAGACAUCAGUCAGGAAGUUAAAGUUUGGUCGCAAAUGGGUCUUCCAAAUGGACAAUGACCCCAAGCAUACUUCCAAAGUUGUGGCAAAAUGGCUUAAGGACAACAAAGUCACGGUAUUGGAGUGACCAUCACAAAGCCCUGACCUCAAGAACUGAAAAAGUGUGUGCGAGCAAGGAGGCCUACAAACCUGACUCAGUUACACCAGCUCUGUCAGGAGGAAUGGGCCAAAAUUCACCCAACGUGUUGUGGGAAGCUUGUGGAAGGCUACCCGAAACGUUUGACCCAAGUUCAACAAUUUAGAGGCAAUGCUACCAAAUACUAAUUGAGUGUAUGUAAACUUCUGACCCACAGGGAAUGUGAUGAAAGAAAUAAAACCUGAAAAAAUCAAUCAUUCUCUCUACUAUUAUUCUGACAUUUCACAUUCUUAAAAUAAAGUGGUGAUCCUAACUGACCUAAAACAGGGAAUUUUUACUAGGAUUAAAUGUCAGGAAUUGUGAAAAACUGAGUUGAAAUGUGUAUGGCUAAGGUGUAUGUAAACUUCCGACUUCAACUGUAUGUCGCUGCAUGGGUAAUUCAAGUAAUAUACUGUAAAUUAGAUUACAGUAACAUUUUUGGUACCGUAAAAUGUAUUAUCUUAAAAUCGAUUAAAGUAGCUGUACUGUACGAUAAACUACAGUAACUUGCUGGCCAACUGCUGACAGUAAGUUACUGUCAAUUUUACAGGAAAUGUUUUACAGUGCACCCAUACCCCCCCCCAGCUUUUAGGCCCCUGUGUUUUAUUCAUGAGCUUCCUAUUGCUCCUGUCAACUUACACCGGGUCGACAGGAAGGCAGAGUGUAAAUAAUGGAGAGUCCCCAAAGACAAGUUCAAUGUUGGCCGUCCUAGCUCUGCGCCACACUCCUGUGGAGGGGGACAGGAGCGACUCUCUCUCUCUCCCUUACAAAAAAAACACAUGAAAAAGGUUUUCGGACACGUAUUAACAAACUUGUGAACAAAUCACAUACACUACCAGUCAAAAGUUUGGACACACCUACUCAUUCAAAGGUUUGUCUUUAUUUGUACUAUUUUUUUACAUUGUAGAAUAAUAGUGAAGACAUCAAAACUAUGAAAUAACACAUAUGGAAUCAUGUAGUAACCAAAAAGUGUUAAACAAAUCAAAAUAUAUUUUAAUAUUUGAGAUUCUUCAAAUAGCCACCCUUUGCCUUGAUGACAGCUUUGCAAACUCUUGGCAUUCUCUCAACCAGCUUCUUGAGGUAGUCACCUGGAAUGCAUUUCAAUGAAGUAUGAAAAUGUAUGCACUCACUAACUGUAAGUUGCUCUGGAGAAGAGCGUCUGCUAAAUUACUAAAAUGUAAAAAUGUAAAUAUUAGGAUAUUAUGUCAAGAACAGCUCGAAUAAGCUAAGAGAAAUGACAGUCCAUCAUUACUUUCAGACAUGAAGGUCAGUCAAUAUGGAAAAUGUAAAGAACUUUGAAAGUUUCUUCAUGUGCAGUCGCAAAAACCAUCAAGCGCUAUGAUGAAACUGGCUCUCAUGAGGACCGCCACAAGAAUGGAAGAUCCAGAGUUACCUCUGCUGCAGAGGAUAAGUUCAUUAGAGUUACCAGCCUCAGAAAUUGCAGACAAAAAUAAAUGCUUCACAGUGUUCAAGUAACAGACACAUCUCAACAUCAACUGUUCAGAGGAGACUGUGUGAAUCAGUUAUUCAUGGUCGAAUUGCUGCAAAGAAACCACGACUAAAGGACACCAAUAAUAAGAAGAGACUCGCUUGGACCAAGAAACACGAGCAAUGGACAUUAGACCGGUGGAAAUGUGUCCUUUGGUCUGGACUCCACAUUUGAGAUUUUGGUUCCAACCGCCAUCUCUUUGUGAGACGUGGGUGUGGGUGAACGGAUGAUCUCUGCAUGUGUAUUUCCCAACGUAAAGCAUGGAGGAGGAGGUGUUAUGGUGUGGGGGUGCUUUGCUGGUGACUCUGUCCGUAAUUUAUUUAGGCAUACUUAACCAGCAUGGCUACCACAGCAUUCUGCAGCGAUACGCCAUCACGUCUGGUUUGGGCUUAUCAUUUGUUUUUCAACAGGACAAUGACCCAACACACCUCCAGGCUGUGUAAGGGCUAUUUUACCAAGAAGGAGAGUAAUGGAGUGCUGCAUCAGAUGACUUGGCCUCCACAAUCUCCCGACCUCAGCCCAAUUGAGAUGGUUUGGGAUGAGUCGGACCGCAGAGUGAAGGAAAAGCAGCCAACGUGCUCAGCAUAUGUGGGAACUCACCAAGCAUUUCUGGUGAAGCUGGUUGAGAGAAUGCCAAGAGAUUGCCUACAUGAUUCCAUAUGUGUUAUUUCAUAGUUUUGAUGUCUUCACUAUUAUUCUACAAUGCAGAACCAUGACUGACUCAUGUCCACUACACUUUCACUUGUGCAUUUUCACAUUUUAAUGUCACCUAGGGCUGUCAAACGAUACAUUUUAAAAAUCUAGUUUAUUGCCGGAUUUGCUGUAACUCAUUGUGAUUAAUCGCAAAUUUCGAAUUUGCUAAAAUUGAGCUGUAUUUUUUAUACAAACAUAAUUGCAAUAAUAGUGCCGUUCUGAUUUUGUCCAAAGUAAUGGUUAGCAAAAUUGGAUGACUCUCAUUCAUAUUCCAUUCACCCAGUUCAAUGUAACAGCGAUAGGUUUAGGCUACUACAUGAUACUCAAAUGUUCCCUAUUCCAUCAUGAGGUUGCUACAACCUAGCCUAUGAAUGAAAGUUUACAACGUAGGUGUACACAGGUCGAGAGACAAAUUUGAGGUGAGAGACAGUGACAUUCAAUACCGUCCUGCACACUCUUGUCUGCAUCUAGCGGAUAUAGGGUGUAAUCAUUAGUCCAACAGUUGCAAACAAGUUUCUAUUGGACAAAAUCAGGUAUGUUUAUCCCUGUUUUGUUCCGUUUGCUUCCGUUUAAGAAACUUUUUUCAACAGAAUCGGCGGAAUGAAUACACCCCUGAUAACACGGAAACAGAGUUCACUCUAAUAACAGCCACGUUGUAUUGCUUCUCUUCGCUUGUGGACUUCAAUGCACAACAAAUCAGCUGUAUGUGACCAGACAAAAACAACUUUCCAAGCCAUACCUCGACAAACACCCUACAUCGUUGUCACCAUAUUAGCUAAAGUAACAUCAUAAUCAGCAUAGCUAAUGGAACUAACGCGUUAGUAAACCUGCUAAAAUCAUGCAGUAACGUCAGUGUACAGUCAGUAAGCAGUUACACCGGCGGGCCAUGGUGGCAAUAAAUUAGUAAUACCAAAAGCUUACCUUGACUUGGAAGAGUUCCAGUGUUGUGUUGGAAAGUCAUAGCCAGCUAGCUAACAUAGCAUCCCUCUGUUUGAGCAGGGUGUUUCAGUAGGCUAAACUAGCUAGUUGCAUUUGCUAGCUAAGUAAAUGAAACUGAACGUGAAUUUCUUUUUUUGAAUCUCUCUCUCUCUCUCCAUUUAUCUCUUGCUUCUCCUUCAUUUUGGAAGAGAUUAAUUUGUUAAAAACUGUUCAACUAUUCUCUUUCUCUCUCUUUGAGUCAACUACUUGCCACAUUUCAUUCACUGCAGUGCUAGCUAGCUGUAGCUUAUGCUUUCAGUACGAGAUUCAUUCUCUGAUCCUUUCAUUGGGUGGACAACAUGUCAGUUCAUGCUGCAAGAGCUCUGAUAGGCUGGAGGACAUCCUCCGGAAGUUGCCAUAAUUACUGUGUAAGUCUAUGGAAGGGGGUGAGAACCAUGAGCCUCAUAGGUUUUGUAUUGAAGUCAGUGUACCAAGAGGAGGACGGAAGCUAGCUGUCCUCCGGCUACACCAUGGUGCUACCCUACAGAGUGCUGUUGAGGCUACUGUCGACCUUCUUUGCGAAAUAGUGUUUUAAUCAGUUAUUUGGUGACAUGUUAUUAUAUUUAGUAUAGUUUUAUCUGAAAAGGAUAACUUUUUAAAUGUUUUACAAUUUAAAUUUUUAUGAAAUUCACUGAGGAGGAGUGUCCUCCCAUUCCACCUCUGAGGAGCCUCCAUUGCUUGAGGUGUCAUGGCGGACUGAACACAGCUGUGCAGAAUGCCUCAAGAUAUUAACGUAAUAUUCAAUAUCUGUAAGUUUGACUAAAUAUUAGCACUCCACUCCACAUACUCGUAGGCAAUAACCUUCAAUCUGGAUAACAACACAAAAAAAAGGAUAAGUCUAGAGAAAUGUAUCGACCAGUAUAACCAAUACAAUCAACACCAAAACAUGUCGGAGAUUAAGCAUGGAAAACCAAUCCCCAAAAGAAAACGAUUUAUGCUUUAGUAAGUGUAGAAACCGACUUGCUAAAGUCAAUAAAUGAUCAACUGGGCAUACUUGAACUAGUCAGUAAAGAUAGAAAGGAUUUAAUGGUGAGCCUCGAGAUGAGUGACGACAAAUCUGCAACAAUGGAGAAAGAAACAAACAUGCUAAAAGGUGUCGUCAAUACGAUUGAAACGGACGUUAAAGAACUUAAAAAGGAGAACAUGUUUCUGAGACAAGCCUUACUUGAAAUACAGACUAGAUCUAUGAAAGAAAAUAUGGUACUUACUGGUAUCAAAGAAAAAGAGGGUGUAGAUCCUGAAAGUGUGGUGAAAAAAUUAUUUAUUGAAGCGCUACAGAUCCCAGGCGAUACUGUCGACACAAUCAAACUCGAACUUGUGUACACCGUUUCGGACAGAGAGGACAGAGAUAUUGUUGCCAAAUUUGCAUUCUUUAAAGAUACAAUAAUGGUUAAAAGCCUGGGUAAAAGACUCACUGGCACGAAAAAUAGGCAUGAAAAAUAGGCAUGAAGGAUCAGUUCCUGAAGGAAAUUGCAGAACGGCGCAGAGUUCUGUACCCACUCUUUAAGGUGAAUAGAUUAAAAGGGAAACGUGUAGCUCUUGAAGUCGAUAAACUGUAUAUUGAUAACCAACUGUUCCGAGACACCAAGACUACUCCAUGGCUAUUCUAAAUAAUACAAAGUUCCCAUAGAGGAGUCGAAUAAUGGAACAGCCAAUAAUAUCCAUGGUAGGGAUUGUAAUAAAAAUAAAUAGUAAAACAAUAAAACAAUACAACAUUUGAUAAAGAAAUAAACUACAAGUACAAUAUACCAUUCAAGAUAGGGAAUGUGGUAAAAUAAUUAGUAUUUGACUUUCUAUUUAUAGUAUUUAUAAAUAGAUAAAAGACAGUGUGACGAGUACUGAGGAUACGAAGAGGCAGGACGGAGACGCAGGAAUCAACAAUGUAAAGGUUUACUUAACACUGAGCAAGAGAACAACAAAGAGCGAGUACACGACAAGACACUAACAAUCACACACAACACAACACUGAACAGUCAAGGGCUAUAUAGGGGUGGUGAUGAGAUGAUGAGGUGCAGGUGCGCUGAAGGUGAUUAGGGUGCGUUGGGUUUCCAUUCCGGUGUUGCCGAGGUGGUGCAAAAAAUGUAUGCACUCACUAACUGUAAGUCGCUCUGGAUAAGAGCGUCUGCUAAAUGACUAAAAUGUAAAAUGUGUGCUCAGACCGGUGGCUCAGUAGAAGGGGAAUCAGAGCGCCGGAGGGGAGCAACGGGAGGAGACGAAAGCUUUAGAAGAAAGGAUAAUUAUUGAAAUAAUACAUCUUCAAAUAUAAGGAACUGGAACACAAAAGUACUCAAAAGCCUGAAAUUAGGUAGGAAUCAACACGAUAGGGAUAAAAACACAGCAAACAGAGGACAUAGAAGCCACGGUGUGUGGGUAUGUGCUGGUGUAUUGUGAUGGAAGGUGGGGUGUGUGUUUUUGUAUUUGGAAAAGUGUGGAGUUAAGUGAGUGAUAAAGAAAAAUGGUUGCAAAUGCCAGAGCCCAGUGUGUCUGGGUUCAGGAGUUGUGACAGAGAGAGCUUUCAAUUUUGUGCAGAUAUGGGAUAUACUGUAUUUACAAAAAAAUAUAUGGGGGAUUGGAAAUGAUGCAGACAAUUACAUUGAUGGAAGCUACAAUCUAUCUGCAAUAUUAAUGCAUUUUAAUUUUUUGCUGUAUAGAUUAUGUAUUUUGGAUGUUUUCAGUGUAUUUUGAAUACUUUCAGACAAUGCGGUAAAAAAAAAAAAAAAAGACACAAACAUUUCAAAAAAUGUACUGAUUAACUCUGACAGCGCUAAUUUUAACAUGUUAAAAGGGAUAAGUUAGGAGACAUAUAGCGCUAACUUCUCUGCUCUUUUCUCUGGGCUACUUCCUAUGAUCAAUGACCAAUGUAUGAAGAAGAGAGGCGUGCGCCUGCUGCAGUAACACUCCGAAUGGAUGGCUCAGAAAUAAGAAAUAAUUAUUUUUAACACACUUGAAUUAUUAUACUCAGGUAGGCUAAGUUACCUUUUUACAGAAUGGCAUUACAGAAUUUGCAAUUACAUAUGUUGAAACAUUGUUAUUGCAACAUGUUAACACCACCUUUUCACGUGAGGAGAAUAAAACUAUUUCACCACAAUGUGAACUUGCAAUUCCACAUGUGAAAGUUACAUUUUCAAAUGUGGAGUUUUCUUACAUAUGAAACUGCAAAUGUGAUUUUUACAUGUGAUUAGUUUUUUACAUGUGAAAAUGCAAUUCCGUAUGUGAAAGUGAGAUUUUUACAUGUGGAAUUUUCUUACAUAUGAAACUGCCAUUUUGAUUCUCACGUGAGGUGAAAACAUGUUUUUCUUCUCUUGUGAAAAUAUGGUUUAACGUGACAUUUAAGCUCAACAUGUGAAACAGCUAUUUCACAUGUGAAACUGCAAAUUUGAUGUUUUUUUUUAGAAGGGCUCUCUCUCUCUCUCUGUGUCUCUCUCUCUCCCGCUCUCUCUCACAUACAAACUUUUGCAUAUGGGAAAAGAAUAACAGACACGUGUUGUGAGAACACAGUCACACAUGCACUCAUUCACACACCACACACUGAGACACAUGAAUGCGUGUCACAUUCUUUAUAUCUGUCACGUGUAUAAUUAGCACACAUAAACACAAACAUUGGAAAAUGCAAAGCAGCUAAUAUAACACAUACAAAAGUACUAUAUCUCGCAUACAUUAGCUACAGUAAUACCAUGUCAUAAACUAACAAAAAACUGCUUGGCCAUAUUGUUUUAUUGAGUCAUUGUCAACACACAUAGCAUAAUGUAUUAACUAUACAACAGUAACACAUGAAAACAAAUAUUGUUGUAUUCUCUCUCAUCGCUUAUCAUGACCAUUGGUCCUGUACUAGGGUGCAACUGAUAUAAUGAAAUUAGUGUCACAUCCAGUCAUCACCAGGAUCUUUAACAUUGAUCACCUCCUAGCAUUCUAUUGACAUCAGCUUUGGCAGGGAUGCUGUGAAGGAGCAGUCCAUCAAUUAAUGCCUGUAGGAUCCAACGGUAGGACACCAAAUUAGAUUCAUAGAUCAAUGUGUUCUUCCCUCUCAAGACUAACCCAGGGAGAAAUCAGACCAGGGCCGUGGUGUGUCUGUGUAUUUGUGCGUGCAUGCGUUUGUGAACCUCCCUCUGCCCCCCAAAGCUCUCAGGGGUGUGACCCUCCUACCCCAUCCCCACAGCGUGGCCCAGGAGACAAACACUGGGCUGAGGAUGAAGUGGUCGUUAUAAUGUACAUUGUGAACUAGUCCCCCUGUUCUUGAUGGAGGUUUUAUGCAUCAAGAUAUCUGUGUAGGGGACUAAUCCAGUAUGGAAGGAGGUUGGGCUUGGUGAAUAGCUCUCUAAUGAUAGGGUCCCUAUCAUUGUCAUUGUCCUCAUCACUCACUGUAAGAAUCAUCCUUUGUCAAUUUGCAGGGGCACAGACAAGUUUAUGACCUACUAGAUAUACAGUACACAAAUGAUAUACUGUACAGACCACAUAAUUAUUUCAAUGCUGUAAUGUAUAGACAGGUUAACCAAUAAUAUAUAGAGUGAAGGUUAACCUGUGAUGUAUAGACAUGAUGAAAUUCUCUUAUUUAGGCAGAUUGUAGGCUUAUGAUAUACAGUACCGGAUGUGGGCAAUCUCUGUGUGUACAGUGAGGGAAAAAAGUAUUUGAUCCCCUGCUGAUUUUGUACGUUUGCCCACUGACAAAGAAAUGAUCAUUCUAUAAUUUCAAUGGUAGGUUUAUUUGAACAGUGAGAGACAAGAAUAACAACAAAAUAAUCCAGAAAAACACAUGUCAAAAAUGUUAUAAAUUGAUUUGCAUUUUAAUGAGGGAAAUAAGUAUUUGACCCCCUCUCAAUCAGAAAGAUUUCUGGCUCCCAGGUGUCUUUUAUACAGGUAACGAGCUGAGAUUAGGAGCACACUCUUAAAGGGAGUGCUCCUAAUCUCAGUUUGUUACCUGUAUAAAAGACACCUGUCCACAGAAGCAAUCAAUCAAUCAGAUUCCAAACUCUCCACCAUGGCCAAGACCAAAGAGCUCUCCAAGGAUGUCAGGGACAAGAUUGUAGACCUACACAAGGCUGGAAUGGGCUACAAGACCAUCGCCAAGCAGCUUGGUGAGAAGGUGACAACAGUUGGUGCGAUUAUUCGCUAACGGAAGAAACACAAAAGAACUGUCAGUCUCCCUCGGCCUGGGGCUCCAUGCAAGAUCUCACCUCGUGGAGUUGCAAUGAUCAUGAGAACGGUGAGGAAUCAGCCCAGAACUACACGGGAGAAUCUUGUCAAUGAUCUCAAGGCAGCUGGGACCAUAGUCACCAAGAAAACAAUUGGUAACACACUACGUCGUGAAGAACUGAAAUCCUGCAGUGCCCGCAAUGUCCCCCUGCUCAAGAAAGCACAUAUAUAGGGCCGUCUGAAGUUUGCCACUGCACAUCUUAAUGAUUCAGAGGAGAACUGGGUGAAAGUGUUGUGGUCAGAUGAGACCAAAAUCGAGCUCUUUGGCAUCAACUAAACUCGCCGUGUUUGGAGGAGGAGGAAUGCUGCCUACGACCACAAGAACACCAUCCCCACCGUCAAACAUGGAGGUGGAAACAUUAUGCUUUGGGGGUGUUUUUCUGCUAAGGGGACAGGACAACUUCACCGCAUCAAAGGGACGAUGGACGGGGCCAUGUACCGUCAAAUCUUGGGUUAGAACCUCCUUCCCUCAGCCAGGGCAUUGAAAAUGGGUCGUGGAUGGGUAUUCCAGCAUGACAAUGACCCAAAACACACGGCCAAGGCAACAAAGGAGUGGCUCAAGAAGAAGCACAUUAAGGUCAUGGAGUGGCCUAGCCAGUCUCCAGACCUUAAUCCCAUAGAAAAUCUGUGGAGGGAGCUGAAGUUUUGAGUUGUCAAACGUCAGCCUCGAAACCUUAAUGACUUGGUGAAGAUCUGCAAAGAGGAGUGGGACAAAAUCCCUCCUGAGAUGUGUGCAAACCUGGUGGCCAACUACAAGAAACGUCUGACCUCUGUGAUUGCCAACAAGGGUUUUGCCACCAAGUACUAAGUAAUGUUUUGCAGAGGGGUCAAAUACUUAUUUCCCUCAUUAAAAUGCAAAUCAAUUUAUAACAUUUUUGACAUGCGUUUUUCUGGAUUUUUGUUGUUGUUAUUCUGUCUCUCACUGUUCAAAUAAACCUACCAUUAAAAUGAUAGACUGAUCAUGUCUUUGUCAGUGGGCAAACGUACAAAAUCAGCAGGGGAUCAAAUACUUUUUUCCCUCACUGUAUGUUGUCACUGUCUCUGUGUGUCUGUGUAGAGUAAUGACUGUGUCUGUACUAAUGAAUUGGAAUCCCUGUAGAGCUGAUCUGAGCACUUGUCAAAAGACAUUCUGCACCACAUGGCGUGCGUGCGCGCGCGCGCGCGCGUGCGUGUGUGUGUGUGUGUGUGUGUGUGAACGUUUGUAGAAAUGUCAGGUCAAACUUUAGUGUAUUAUGGCUUAUUAGGCAUAUUUGAAAUGGUGAAAUUAUGGCCUGGGGUGUCAUUUUAUUCCGUGGUAAUUUCCUACCAUCCACUAGGGGGCAACACGAGCGCCUAUUACAAUCUAGUAGACACGCAAUUGGGUUGAGGAUGAGCUUAAACCGUGAACUUCCGUUCUGAGGAUUGUGGGUUCAAUCCCAGUGCUAGGCACUGUCCCAAACCUUAACCCUUACCUUAACCACUCGAUAUGAAUACCUAAACUUAACCGUCAAGGUUAACCCUAUCCCAAACCUUAACCCUUACCUUAACCACUUGAUAUGAAUACCUAAACUUAACCGUCAAGGUUAACCCUAUCCCAAACCUUAACCCUUACCUUAACCACUCGAUAUGAAUACCUAAACUUAACCGUCAAGGUUAACCCUAUCCCAAACCUUAACCCUUACCUUAACCACUCGAUAUGAAUACCUAAACUUAACCGUCAAAGUUAACCCUAUCCUAAACCUUAACCCUUACCUGAACCACUCGAUAUGAAUACCUAAACUUUUUUUUAUAGAUUGUAACUUCCAUCAAUGUAAUUGUCUGCAUCACUUCCAGUCCCCCAUAUGUUUUUUUUUCUCGCAAAUAUAUAUAUAUAUAUAUAUAUACAUACAUACAAACAUACAUAUACAGUGGGGAAAAAAAUUAUUUAGUCAGCCACUAAUUGUGCAAGUUCUCCCACUUAAAAAGAUGAGAGAGGCCUGUAAUUUUUAUCAUAGGUACACGUCAACUAUGACAGAGAAAAUGAGAAUUUCUUUUCCAGAAAAAUCACAUUGUAGGAUUUUUAAUGAAUUUAUUUGCAAAUUAUGGUGGAAAAUAAGUAUUUGGUCACCUACAAACAAGCAAGAUUUCUGGCUCUCACAGACCUGUAACUUCUUCUUUAAUAGGCUCCUCUGUCCUCCACUCGUUACCUGUAUUAAUGGCACCUGUUUGAACUUGUUAUCAGUAUAAAAGACACCUGUCCACAACCUCAAACAGUCACACUCCAAACUCCACUAUGGCCAAGACCAAAGAGCUGUCAAAGGACACCAGAAACAAAAUUGUAGACCUGCACCAGGCUGGGAAGACUGAAUCUGCAAUAGGUAAGCAGCUUGGUUUGAAGAAAUCAACUGUGGGAGCAAUUAUUAGGAAAUGGAAGACAUACAAGACCACUGAUAAUCUCCCUCGAUCUGGGGCUCCACGCAAGAUCUCACCCCGUGGGGUCAAAAUGAUCACAAGAACGGUGAGCAAAAAUCCCAGAACCACACGGGGGGACCUAGUGAAUGACCUGCAGAGAGCUGGGACCAAAGUAACAAAGCCUACCAUCAGUAACACACUACGCCGCCAGGGACUCAAAUCCUGCAGUGCCAGACGUGUCCCCCUGCUUAAGCCAGUACAUGUCCAGGCCCAUCUGAAGUUUGCUAGAGUGCAUUUGGAUGAUCCAGAAGAGGAUUGGGAGAAUGUCAUAUGGUCAGAUGAAACCAAAAUAGAACUUUUGGUAAAAACUCAACUCGUCGUGUUUGGAGGACAAAGAAUGCUGAGUUGCAUCCAAAGAACACCACACCUACUGUGAAGCAUGGGGGUGGAAACAUCAUGCUUUGGGGCUGUUUUUCUGCAAAGGGACCAGGACGACUGAUCCGUGUAAAGGAAAGAAUGAAUGGGGCCAUGUAUCGUCAGAUUUUGAGUGAAAACCUCCUUCCAUCAGCAAGGGCAUUGAAGAUGAAACGUGGCUGGGUCUUUCAGCAUGACAAUGAUCCCAAACACACCGCCCGGGCAACGAAGGAGUCCUGAAGUGGCCUAGCCAGACUCCAGAUAACAACCCUAUAGAUAAUCUUUGGAGGGAGUUGAAAGUCUGUGUUGCCCAGCGACAGCCCCAAAACAUCACUGCUCUAGAGGAGAUCUGCAUGGAGGAAUGGGCCAAAAUACCAGCAACAGUGUGUGAAAACCUUGUGAAGACUUACAGAAAACGUUUGACCUGUGUCAUUGCCAACAAAGGGUAUAUAACAAAGUAUUGAGAAACUUUUGUUAUUGACCAAAUACUUAUUUUCCACCAUAAUUUGCAAAUAAAUUCAUUAAAAAUCCUACAAUGUGAUUUUCUGGAUUUUUUUCUUCUCAUUUUGUCUGUCAUAGUUGACGUGUACCUAUGAUGAAACUUACAGGCCUCUCUCAUCUUUUUAAGUGGGAGAACUUGCACAAUUGGUGGCUGACUAAAUACUUUUUUUCCCCACUGUACAUUUUAUGGACACAGUCAAAUUCUACAAUCAUUAUAUUUUGUUUGUUUUUACUCCUGAACUUCCUCUGAUCAUUUUCAUGAUGUCCAUCCGGUUUGCUUCUAUAUGCCAUAUUUUUCUAACUCUGCUCUUUCACAAAAGCUCUCAACCUAUAACCUAUAUACUUAUUAUGGACACAGUAUGCUUUACAUUUGUUAUCUUGUUGUUAUUAGUUGUUGUUAUUAGCCCCAUCCUUCAGCUCCAUUCAACACCUCCCAUCUAUCUCGUAACACCAUCCAUGUUGGAUUUCUAUUUGCCAUAUAUUUUUCAACUGUACUGUGAUGUUUUACAAAAGUUCUGAACCUUUCUAUUCUCAUUGUUUCUACAGAUCGUAAAUUGAAUAUAAUUUUUUUUGCUAAAAGUAUUAUUAUAUUAUUGAUCGAUUGACUAUGACUUUUCAGACCACCCAGUAGGGCUAUCUGCAGGGUUACCUAAACUUAACCGUCAAGGUUAACACUAUCCCAAACCUUAACCCUUACCUUAACCACUCGAUAUGAAUACCUAAACUUAACUGUCAAGGUUAACCCUAUCCCUAACCUUAAGAGCUCAGACAGAGCAGUAGCGAUUGCUGGCCGAGAGUACUUAGCACCUGUGAAUGUAAUUUGCGAGCGUGCAUCGAUUUUACAUGGAGAAUCAUGUGAAAAAUGUCGCCAGUCAGAUGUCUACAGCGGGUGAUCCCUAAAACACAGCGCGCUGAAAAAUCUCCAGAGGGUCAUGUACAACACACCUCCCUUUGUGAUGCAUUCAUCUCCACUAAGCAUAGCAAACCUUUCAUUUACAUUGAAGCUGUAUUCCAAUAACCCAUGCAACCCACUACAGCUCAGCAAUGAUACACAGACAUUUGUUUUGUUAGAUUAUGUUUGAUCUGUCUGCAUUUGGCUACCAAUGCCUAAUGGAUAUGUGGCUACUGGGAGCUAUGCUAUGGGUUGACUUGUAGAUACUGUAUACACUGAGUGUACAAAACAUUAAGAACACCUGCUCUUACCAUGACAUAGACUGACCAGGUGAAUCCAGGUGAAAGCUAUGAUCCCUUAUUGAUGUCACUUGUUAAAUCCCUUCAACCAGUGUAGAUGAAGGGGAGGAGACAGGUUAAAGAAGGAUUUUUAAACCUUGAGACAAUUGAGGCAUGGGUGGUUUGUGUGUGCAAUUCAGAGGGUGAAUGGGCAACACAUAAGAUUUAAGUGCCUUUGAAUGGGGUAUAUUAGUAGGUGUUGGCGCACCGGUUUGUGUCAAGAACUGAAACGCUGCUGGGUUUUUGACGUUCAACAGUUUCCUGUGUGUAUAAAGAAUGGUCCACCACCCAAAGGACAUCCAGCCAACUUGACACAACUGUGGGAAGCAUUGGGAAUGCUUUCGACACCUUGUAGUCCAUGCCCCGACAAAUUGAGGUUGUUCUGAGGGCAAAAGGGGUGGGGUGGGGUGGGGGUUGCAACUCAAUAUUAGGAAGGUGUUCUUAAUGUUUUUGUACACUCAGUGUAUACUGCCUGCGUGUGUGUGUGUGCGUGUGUAGCCUCCAGCCUGGUAUAGGCUACAGUACCUCUCACAUACACAUUCAUUGUCCAAGGAUGGUAUGUCUUCCAAGGAUUUGCUGCUCAGGGAGUGCAGUACAGUAUUAUUGCCAUUGGAAAUUUGUUGGACUUUGAGAAAUACAGUAGUACAUUCUGAGUACAUUUUGAGGAUGGGAGGGUGUAUCUAAACCUCUAGGGAACUGUAUACAUCAAUAUCAUAAAGUACACUACCGGUCAAAAGUUUUAGAACACCUACUCAUUCAAGGGGUUUUUCUUUAUUUUUACUAUUUUCUACAUUGUAUAAUAAUAGUGAAGACAUAAAAACUAUGAAAUAACACAUAUGGAAUCAUGUAGUAACCAAAAAAGUGUUAAACAAAUCAAAAUAUAUUUUAUAUUUGAGAUUCUUCAAAUAGGCACCCUUUGCCUUGAUGACAGCUUUGCACAAUCUUGGCAUUCUCUCAACCAGCUUCAUGAGGGAGUCACCUGGAAUGCAUUUCAAUUAACAGGUGUGCCUUCUUAAAAGUUAAUUUGUGGAAUUUCUUUCCUUCUCAAUGCAUUUGAGCCAAUCAGUUGUGUUGUGACAGGGUAGGGGGGGGGGGGUUACAGAAGAUAUCCCUAUUUGGUAAAAGACCAAGUCCAUAUUAUGGCAAGAACAGCUCAAAUAACCAAAUAGAAAUUACAGUCCAUCAUUACUUUAAGACAUGAAGGUCAGUCAAUAUGGAACAUUUCAAGAACUUUGAAUGUUUCUUUAAGUGCAGUCACAAAAACCAUCAAGUGCUAUGAUGAAACUGGCUCUCAUGAAGACCGCCACAGGAAUGGAAGACCGAGAGUUACCUUUGCUGCAGAGGAGUUCAUUAGAGUUACCAGCCUCAGAAAUUGCAACCCAAAUAAAUGCUUCACAGAGUUCAAGUAACAUACACAUCUGAACAUCAACUGUUCAGAGGAGACUGUGUGAAUCAGGCCUUCAUGGUCGAAUUGCUGCAAAGAAACCACUACUAAAGGACACCAAUAAUAAGAAGAGACUUGCUUGGGCCAAGAAACACGAACAAUGGACAUUAGACCGGUGGAAAUGUGUCCUUUGGCCUGGAGUCCAAAUGUGAGAUUUUUGGUUCCAACCUCCGUGUCCAAUGCGGUGUGGGUGAAUGAAUGAUCUCCGCAUGUGUAUUUCCCAGUGUAAAGCAUGGAGGAGUAGGUGUUAUGGUGUGGGGGUGCUUUGCUGGUGACACUGUCUGUGAUUUAUUUAGAAUUCAAGGCACACUUAAACAGCAUGGCUACCACAGCAUUCUGCAGCGAUACGCCAUCCCAUCUGGUUUGGGCUUAGUGGGACUAUCAUUUGUUUUUCAACAGGACAAUGACCUAACACACGUCCAGGCUGUGUAAGGGCUAUUUGACCAAGAAGGAGAGUGAUGGAGUGCUUCAUCAGAUGUCCUGGCCUCCACAAUCCCCCGACCUCAACCAAAAUGAGAUGGUUUGGAAUGAGUCGGACCGCAGAGUGAAGGAAAAGCAGCAAACAAGUGCUCAACAUAUGUGGGAACUCCUUCAAGACUGUUGGAAAAGCAUUCCAGGUGAAGCUGUUUGAGAGAAUGCCAAGAAUGUGCAAAGCUGUCAUCAAGGCAAAGGGUGGCUACUUUUUUUGAAGAAUCUCAAAUAUAAAAUAUAUUUUGAUUUGUUUAACACUUUUCUGGUUACUACAUGAUUCCAUAUGUGUUAUUUAAUGGUUUUGAUGUCUUCACUAUUAUUCUACAAUGAAGAAAAUAGUAAAAAUUAUGAAAAACCCUUGAAUGAGUAGGUGUUCUAAAUCUUUUGACCGGUAGUGUACAGUAUAUUGGUGUUCCCGCUGGGGCCACCCAUGAAUAUAAUUUAGGCACGCAUGGCUGUAAGUCUCUUUGGAUAAAAGUGGCUGCUAAAUAGCAUAUUUUAUCAUUUAAGUUGUUAUUUUCACAUGGUUUGUUAAAUUACGUUUAUUCAUGGAAACAAACCAUCUCUUGCUUUCCUCACACAACAUAAUUUAGAUCAUGGCUUGUUUGAGAUGUCCAUCUGUUUAGUUAAGUAAGGAUAAAUACAUUCAAGCAUGAAUAAUGUAAGAUCUGUUUAGUUUAACACAGAUUGGAUUGAAGACCUUUGGGAGAAGUUGGAGCUAAAAGGUAAACUCCAAUCUGUUUCAGGGAUAUUUUCUUUAUUGCAACAAAAUGAGAUAAAAUAUGUGUUCUGUUUAAUUGUGAUUACGCUAUACCUCAACAUAAUGGCUCCCAUGGAUAAAACCAACAGGCGAAGGAGAUGUGGUGAUUGUGUAUUAGCUGGAAGAACAAUUAGGGGUUAGACACCGCUGUGAGAAAUACUGCCACUGAAUGUGGGAAAAUAGAACAAGCCAUUAUGAGACCACAGACUGAAUAUUAAUCUAACAUUGAACUCAUUCCAGCUACCAGGAUACUAGGAUAGCCAUGGAAGACGUUCAACAACUAUGAUUCAUUAGAAUCUAAUUAUGUUUAUGUGUACAUGUGUUAACCCUCAUAUGAAGAAGAUAUCUCCACCCAACAGGAAAGAUCUUGUCUACCAAGCUUUUCUUUGUAGCCAAGUAUAUUACACUUAACAAGUUGGAAGGAAACAAACAAGAAAGCAGGCAACGGCAAAGGAGGCAGUGGAAGAACUCUGCCGGUCGUCCACCCAGUCCAAUGGGUAUGGAAGAGGGCUAUCAACUAAGAGAAGCAGCCCAAUACUCUAUUGAGUGAAGUUUUGUCAUGGGUGAAUAGUUCUGAAGGGGAGUUGGAUCGUCAUUCAGAAACAGAGAUGUUUAAAGAGUCUGACGUGUCUAACCAUGGUCGAUGUCUCCUCUCCAAAACCCAGAAAACAGACCUACCAGCAGGUGGAGCACUGGCACAGGGUUUCCAACCUCACCUGUACACCAUUUUUACUUUUUUCCCCCUGUACUUUUGUCUUUCACUUGUUUUCUUUGGUGCCAUUAAAUAGUAUACCACUCUGGUCCCAUAGACCUAGUGAAGAUUUCAUUUGGACACUUUGUGGUUGGUAUGCUGGGUAGCAGCCCAGCCCAUUUAGUUUGUCUGUAGACCAGUCUAAGUUUCAUGAGACCCUAAGUGGGAAGCAUUUUAUUUCAAGUUUGUACAAUCUUCAGUUCCUGUAAUAAAUAUACCAGUACAUGCUGGUUUAUAACCCGUUCCGUUGUGUUCAGAGCCUUGUUAUUGUUUGUCAUCAUUGCCCUCCUCCUACACACAGGUAGCAUUUGGUUAUAAUUGUGAAAAAGCAUGACAUACAAUAUCUGUAGAUAGAUCCCCUGUUUAGCAUGUUUGGAAUUUCUUUCCUAAAUCAUCUUUUAAAUGGAUUAUGUUGCUCAAUUACUUGGUAUAACAUUAUUUUGAGAUGUUAGGGCAUGACAAUAAAAGCAUGGUAAAAGGGGGAGAAUUAUUACAUUGUGUAUUACUCCUAAAAUACUAGCAUUGAGCAUUUGCAUACUUCAAGGAAAAAUAGGGGUGGAGAGCCUGGCGUGGUCUUGACUCUCUGCUUCCUAAUAGGUCUUCCAGGGAACAUCGCAGUGAUGGUCAACCUUCGUCGAAACCAAGAUCUAUCCAGUUUGAGCCAGAUGCUGAUGUUGAACUUGGCUUCACCUGACCUGCUUUGAUUCCUCACCCUACCUUUGGUAAUCUACAACCUAGUCUUUACCUGGAGCCUGGGUCUAGUCCUCUGUAAGCUCAUCACCUACUUUUUCUACUGCAGUGCCUACACUAGCCUGCUGACUGUCACACUAUUGAGCAUUCCAGCACUUCCUCCAGGUAGUGCAUUCCCACAGCUGGGCCAGAAUGGGAGUGGCAAAGGAGAGGGGGCUGCUAGUUGUCCUGUUGGGGGUAGCUGGGUCCUGUCUAUCCCUAAUGGGGUGUUGGUGCGGGAUGUGACGCAGGAUGAGAAUGGAUGGGUCCGGUGCCGAUAUGCUUUUGCAUCAGACGCUGAGCAGGUGGCUGUGUUGCUCCUGCAGACUCUCCUGGCAUUUGCAGUUCCUUUCUCCGUCAUGGCCACAGCCUAUAUCCGACUCCACCAAAGGGUGGACCAAACAGCUUUCUUCAGGAGCCCCAGGAUGACCAGAUUAGUAAACCUCAUCAUUGGGACCUUCAUCAUUCUAUGGACUCAUCAUGUCAUGAAUGUGCUGGGAAUGGCGGUCAUCUUGAUGAAGAAUAAGGCUCUGAGAGUGUUUUGGGAGGCCAAUUGGAGGAUUGUUGGAUCUCUGGUCUUCAUCAACAGGAUCCAUUCCUAUACGCCUUUGUCUCCAGAAACACCCAGUCAGAGAGCAGUGACAGUCAAGUAG